CGCCGCCAGGGGCGCGGGUUCCCCUCGCGCGGCGCCCGCUGACAGCCGCCCCGCCAUUUACCCCGGCCGCUGCCUGAGGUGUUCUUGAAAAAAGUGCCUGCACUUUAGAACUUUGGAGCUGAAGAAGGACAUGAGGAGUAAAAGGACCUGGGAUCUCACUGGUCAGAAUGAAACAGAUGUUGAAAGAUUUUUCAAAUCUAUUGUUAGUAGUGCUCUGUGACUACGUUCUUGGUGAAGUGGAGGACCUCCUGUUGAAGCACCCAGGUCAUGUAGCCUUCAGCAACGACACAGUUUCUGUGGAAUACCACUACUACAGUGGUAAUGAGACAGUAGAGAACCUGUCCAUCCUACUGCUGGAUGCCAACACCAACAAGAUCAUUGCAAGAAAACAGCUUCCAGCAAAUCAGUCCCGGGGGAUGGUAGAGUUUGAAUGUUCCUAUUUCACAAGUGCUGGAGACUUUUUGUUCAGAAUGAUCUCUCCUAGUGAUAAUAGCAGUGCUGCUGCAAGCAGAGGAAGAACAUCCACCCUCCAUGUGGAAUGGCCUGUAUUUCACAUUGAUUUGAACAAGACUUCAGAGGUGCUUGGGAGCUCCCUUCAGGUUGGAGUUUUUACAAAUGAACAGCUGUGUGCCAUGAACAAGACAUUGGUUUCACUAGAUGUGAUAUUCACCAGCACACUUUAUGAACUAGGAAGAGUAAGCUCUGAUGAGAUGCUGGGCAUUAGAACUAGCAAAGGAAUCCCACUCUCUAGAUCCCAGUGGGUAGAGUUUGACUGCCCACAUGUUGGUCAAGAAACGUACAUCACUGUGUUACUGAAAUCAUUAGAAACACGUUCUGUUAUUGCCUCUAUGGGACCCAUAGAUCUCCACAAAUUUGGAUACAGACUGGUUGUGGCACCAGAAGCAGUGUGCAGAACUUUGGUUCAGGUCUUUGUAGUCUCACCACCAUGCACUUCUAUCAGUGGAAAAGUUGUUGUCUAUAAAGAGGCUCUCAGGCAUCCUGGUUUGAGAACAGCGUGGCUGUAUGAGAACACCCUUCACCCAGGAGACAACAGGACAGAAUUUAACUGCACUUUGUUCGAUGUGGGAAAGAACAAAUACUGCUUUGACCUCUAUAAUUUCUCAAACCGAAGCCUUUUCCCAACAAGAGUUAAGCAGUGUAUGAUGAUCGAAAGGAAUCUGGAAACAUGGAGCCCGUGGCAGCCCUGGAGCCCCUGCAGCGUCACCUGUGGAGACGGCAUCCGGGAGCGCUUCCGAGAGUGCCUCACCUCCUCACCUGUGAAACCAGGCUGUGCUGGCUCCCCAAAGGAGACCUCCUUGUGCUCGCUAGAGGAGUGUCUGACUGUCAAGCCUCCCACCCCACCUUCUGUCCAGCCAGGAGAGGACCAGAAAGCAAACAACAUAGUCACCAUCACAGGUAUCUCCUUGUGCCUGUUCAUCAUCUUUGCCACUGUUCUCAUCACCCUGUGGAGAAAGCUCUGCAGAGCUCAGAAGUGCAGCACAGCCGUGCAUCGGAACUCCGUCCAUUCCCCUGGCUUCCGAAAAAACUCUGACGAGGAGAACAUCUGCCAGGGCAACAAGCAGCGGGACAGCUUCACUGAAGUAGGGGAUGCCCCUGUUCACAUUCCUCUGACCUACAGGCGAAGCCUUCAGUUUGCCCAAGAAGACGAUGCCUCUGGAAGCGAGAACUUUCAGCCAAACGCCCAAAAAAUAAUCCCUCCGAUAUUCAGCUACCGCCUCGCACAGCAGCAGCUGAAAGAGAUGAAGAAGAAGGGCCUGACUGAGACCACCAAGGUGUACCACGUCUCUCAGAACCCCCUCACGGACACGGUUGUUGGUGCCACCACGAUGCUUCCCCUGAGUGCAGAAACCCAAGAGGAGGGAGUGGCCAACAAAUUCAGGAUCAAAUCUCCGUUUCUGGACCAGCCGGCCGGUCAGCCCAAAUUCCUAGGAGAAGGCUGUAACCCGAGGCUGGAUUUUCCAUUCUCCCAGGCCGGUGCUGCAUUGAGCCCCACGCAGACCUUGACAAGAAGAGCUCAUUUCAAACACCCGGAUAACAGAGGUGAGUUGUCCGAGAGGGGCUGCCACAGAAACCCUCAGUUUAGAAGAACAGCCAGCUUUCACGAAACAAAGAAGGCCAGGCCUUUUAGAGAGAGAAGCAUGUCCACCCUCACCCCCCGGCAGACUCCUCUGUAUACCUCGAGGACCAGGAUGUGGGACCAGUGCUUGGAAGACAGGACGCGGCCAAAACCGAGGAACCCAAACCCAACCUCUGAAAAGCUGGAUCAACCCCACGGCGCCGCGCCGAUGUGUGAACAUGGCACAAAAGGCCACCACAGGCCAUGUCCGCCUGUGAAGAAGCUGGAUCUGAUCGCCGAUCGCCAACAUGCCAGUCAGGACAGGGCCCCUGAAAAGCCUGAGCCCAGCAGGAGUAAGCGGGGCUCUUCACCUAACCCCAAAGGUGCCUGGCGGAAGGAAACGAGCUCCGCUGGCAAAGAGAGUUACCAGAGAGGCCUCGCUGUAAGCCCUGCCCAGUACCGAAAGGACAAGUGCCAGAGCUUCCCGGUGGACCCUGAAUUUGCCUUCUACGAUAAUACCACCUUUGGCUUAACGGAGGCGGAGCAGCAAAUGAUCGAUCUCCCUGGGUAUUUUGGCUCAAACGAAGAGGACGAAAGGAGUACUUUAAGUAUUGAGAAGCUUGUGAUCUGAGGGACUCAGUGCAACCGCAUAGGAGGGGGGUGUGCAGGAGCGGGUCUGCAACAUCUGCUGGAUUCUGCUGAGAGGAGCAGUGGGAAUUAUGUUCUUCCGCUUGGAGAAGGAGGGAAAUCCCAAAGUCUGACUUGUGGGAACGCAUUCCUAUAUAAUGACUAGAAAGUGCUUUCAUAUAAUUAUUUUUUGUAUGUGUGUGUCUGAAAAUACACACAGGAUACCCUGGGAAAGCUCAUGUUAGUGAAGGCGUGACACAGGAGCGAUCCACUGGGUUUUGUUGCAUAAAGCAGUCAGCUUUCAUGCUUCAGACAUCAUGAAGCCCAUUGAUCUAGACAUUUUCGUCUCAUGAAAACCUUCUACUAGUAGAUGAUGAUGUCCUAAGAGAUCCGUUUUCCAGACAUCUGUCCUAAUUAGUGAAUCAUUUCCCAUUUAGGAAGCACAAACCCCAAGCUGCAAGCGAUUUCCAUCAUUUUUUGUGGUCAUUAUUGAGCUGUGUUGAUUGGUUGCAAUUGCUGAAAUAUGUCAUGUGUUGGUGCUUCUCUUUGCUGGUUGGGUGAAAGUGCAAGCAGUGCAUACUGCACAUUUGGAGAGAAAAUGGAGGGGGUAUUUUUCAUCAUUCAGUGCUUUGAUGUUCUCUUUCUGCCAGUAAUUGUAGCAAAAAAAUACGGUGAUGUGCAGAUAUUUGCAGGAGAUAGUAAAAAAAGAGCAUGCUGAUGGGAGGGGCAAAGAAAAGUGUUAAGUUGUAGCCCUCAGAAACCUUAGUGGAGUGCUUGAAUAGCCAUAGUGGGCAGUGGGAGCCGUCUGACCACCCGCCCAUUCUGUGAUCAUCAUUGCCUUUAUUGAGUGGUUUAUUUUCUGUGUCGAUUAAACGACAGUAAUACUACUGCAGCAAGUUCAAAAUAAAUUAUGGACAAACCCUGCGAAGAACACAUUUAUUUGGUAAAUACCUGGUUUGCAAAUCAAAAGGAAAAAGGCUUGUCAACAUCUGUCGAUUCCCAGAGAACUUGGAGGUGAAAUGCAAAAGUUACAUCGGUGUUUUCUUUUUCAUGCUUUAAAAUCAGGAAUUAUGAAUUGUGAUUACACAGUGCUGCAGGAAUUCAGAGCUGGGUUGAAACCCUGACUGACAGCAGAGACAGAGCUCGGGCCAGCGAGAAUGACUCAGGGUGUUUGCUUGGCGUUCGUUGGAGCAGCCGCCUCUUCAGAGUCUGCAGGGACAAGGGGAGCGCUGCUGGGCGUAAGCAAGGAAAGAAAAGAUGCUGGCAGCAGAGGAUGGGAUGAGAGAAGGUGGGUUCAGGCAGAGAACUGUCAGUCUUCAAACACCCCCAUAAGCAGCCUGAUCUGUAUGGCAGGGCUCGCUGUGCUGGGAGGAGGCAGGAUGUCAGCAUUUGGCUGCAGGAGUUGGGCUCUACAGCCGAUGGAACAUUUUGCAGCUGCUGCUGGAGCUCGGGCCCUAAGUGUCAGUGUGCUGAGUGCAGCCUCUUCCCAGAGCUGCUCCAGCACGGCGACGUGUUCCCAUCAGCUGUCAGCUCAGUAUGCUGCUUACAGCAGCUCAGAACAUGUCCACACUUGAGGACCAAUCCAAAGCUAAUCAAACGUAACCGGUCUUUAAAUUGACUUAAAUGAGCUGGAAACCAGGUCUCUAGAGCAAUUACCUCUUAGCUCACUUACCACCCCUGUGCUAAGGUAAACUUGGCUGUGCGAAGCGCAUUUGCCCUGAAGCAGUGAUCCAUCAGCUUCAGAGCUACAGUGCUGCGAGAUAUAUUUACAGUCUCGUAAGGCAGGAGACCCUGGAGAAAUGGAUGAUCAAAUGUACUGCACAAAAACGCUCAGGAAGCCUUAAUAAAACCUUCAGUGGGAGGUAUUUGAGCUUGACAGUAGUCCUCAGAUCAAACUAGUACUUGUUUAGUGUCAUUUUACGGUAUUUAUUAAGAUUAAAAGGGUUCUGAAACACUCAGUAGGGUUUGCUUUAGGUGCUGUGGGGUCCUGCUCAAAGCCUUGUGACUCUUGUGUCUCCAAGGGGCUCCCAGCACAAGAAAGAGGCAGCUUUGCUCUAAGCCAGUUGCUGCUUUCAUAGCAUCACAGAAUGGCUUGGGUUAGAAGGGAACUCAAGGAUCAGUAAGUUCCAACAGGCCUGCCACAGGCAGGGCUGCCAGCCACUAGACCAAGUAGCAGAUCAGGUUGUCCAGGGCCCCAACCAACUUGGCCUUAAGGCUUUCUGCAGCCUCUUCUCAACGUCAGGCUCCCUCCGGUGACUGCAGUGCAUGCGGUGGACAUCACAAAUCUAAAGCACCAGUGAAUGAACCAGACUCCCUUCCAUCCCAAGCUGACAGAUCUUGACCCCAUUUUCUGCCUGAGAAAAGCAGCAAAAUACCAGUGCAGACUGAAGGCAGUCCAACUAUAAUGGCUUUGGAUAAUGGACUCCUGAGGCUUUAUGGCUAUUGGAGGAUUGGACUGGGUAACAGCUGUCAGAGUAAGCCCUGUUGACUGCUUCUGCUUGGUUGUUUGGCAUCAGAUGGGUGUUAUUGGCUGCUCAGCAAUCUGUCAAACCACUAAUGCUGGCCCUUUGGUAGCUUUUUGCUGAUUUCCAGCAUGCAGAGUUGAGUUUCACCAGUUGAGUCUUUACUCUGCUUCCCUAGACCUGAAGAAUGAAGGCUGAGCAUCAUAUGCCUGCUAGAAGGCCUUAACAAAACCUGAAGUUGUUCACAUUUCUCCGUGUCUUCUGCCUAAACAAAAAUUGUCCUUCAUGCUCUUGAUACCACACCACUGGCUGCCUCAUUAUACGAUAUGCAAAGGGAUUUCUUAUGUUCUCAAUAUACAGUUAAAGCUUUGCACUGAUUUUACCAUUGUAAAAUGCAGAAGGGAUCAGUUGAGGAGUUGGAAUAGAUGAUCUUUAAGGAUCAAACUAUUCUACAAUUCCAUGAUUCCAUAAAAUGAUAUACUAAGUGCUGGUUGUUAGCAGGUCUUUCUUCACAAGGACAAGCUCACUGCAGACAUACAAGUGCAGGUUUUUCCACGUGGACCCACACCAGUUCUUGGGAAGAGGACAGUGAUGUGGUCUCAUCAAGGCAUGGACUUCAGGAGAACGUCUCCCUGGAGCACCAGCCCACUGCACGUAGGCAUUCACUUUUGCAAUCAUUGGGGUGUCUAGAACAAGUGAGAACAGGAAUUACCUCCUGAAAAAGCAGGGGAAUCAAACCAAAUUAUACACUGACUAUUCAUACGUCUCUGCAUUGUCUCCAGGACAGCCUGAGACAUAAAAAUUGGAUUUACUUUGCAGACCCCUCUGAACUACCCAGGACAGGAGGUACCUAAGUGCCAGAGAUAACAAAAUAAUGAAAUUCCUGCAUUAUGUGCUUUCUCAUCCAAACUUCUGUUCAAAUCCCUACUGUUUAAAAACAGAUACAAAGUGUUAAGUGCUACUCAGAUGGUUUUAUUUCACACUUAUGGCUAUAUAAUACAAAUUAUAACAUGUAUUGUUCUAAAAGCAAAUAAAUGAAAAAUAACCUGUUUAAAAAAAUUGUAAUUCAGAAAAAACAAAAAGGCUCAUCCUACAACACAGUAGUUAAAUGAUUUGCAUCAAGUUGAUAAUACUGUUCAUUUUGACUUCUUGUUCUCAACAAC